AUGGCUGAUGAACUGGAGGAAGUUUUAAAGAAGUUUGCUUUAUCUAAUCUAGAGCAGAAUGGAGCAUGGUUGGACAUGGAUGAUAUAAAUCCGGGGAUAACUGAGUGUGAAAAUAGCAUCAUUGGGAAGAUUAGAGGAGAAAAAGUUGCAAAUUUCACAGGAGUCAAGAACUUCGUGACUGCAGCGUGGGGUUACCCAAAAAAUCUGGAAGUAGCGGAGCUAGGUCCUAACUUAUUUCAAUUCUUCAUUCCAGAAGAGGAUAACAGACUGAGGAUACUAAACGGUGGACCUUGGUUGAUAGACAGUCAGAUUCUAGUGCUGAAUAGAUGGCAGGCUGGAAUUGAGGAAAAUACUGAGGCAUUUAGAUUUGGCACUCUCUGGGUACAAGUAUGGAAUUUGCCAAUCCACUGGAUCUCGAAAGAGGCUGGGAAAAAGAUAGGGAAAGUUUUAAAGAGGUAUGAAAGAGUACCUGAUUUCUGCUACAAGUGCAGAAUUAUUGGUCACAGUGAGAAGAAAUGUAAGAAUGAAGUGAACAUUAAGAAGGGGCAACAGGAGAACCAAUAUGGUCCCUGGCUACGUGCACAUAAUGGGAGAGGAUCACCACAAAAGGAGAGUAAUCCCAGUUCAUAUAAUCCGGAUAGGCAGAAUGCCUUCACAGUAGAGGAUCAUAAUGAUAGGCAGGUAAGCAGGGCUCAGGAACCAGAUGAGGGAGAUGAGGAGCUCCUAGAUGCUCAGGUGACAGAUAUGCACAAAAAAGAAACCGAAAGGAUAAACAAUGUAAGUAAUCUGGAAUCUGGCUCAAUAGAGUGUGAGUUGGGGAGUAUGGUCCAAGCAGUAGGGUCUCUGGUAACAUUAGGAGAACCUUGUAUUAGGAAUCUGGAGAGGAGCAUGGAGGAAAAGGAAGAUAAAACUAUGGAUAUGCUGGUGGAUGAGGAAGAACAAUGUCAGAAUAUAGAAAAUGGAGUAAGCAGGGUGAGGAAAGUAAGAAUUAGGAACAAAAUGAGUGACAGAGAGAGGCAACCUCUAUGUGAUAUUCAGAACAUGGAAUCCAAAAAAGGAGGUAAUGCUAAAAGGAAGCUGCAGAUAAUUGAUGAGGAAAUGCUGGAUAUGGAGCAUAACGAGCAGGCUAGAAAACGAUACAAAGGCUCAGAUGAGAUGGAACAUUCUGAUCAGACACUGAGGGGGGAAGAGACCAGCCCAUCUUGGUCUCUCAACCUCCAAUGA